AUGAUCGACCGCCCCUCGCUAGCAGCGUACGGUUCUAACUACGGAGUCUUCCCCACCGAAUGCAAUUCGAAAUUCUUAGGUCUCUUCAAGGAGAUAGAACGCUCAGUAACGCGACAAAAAGGCCUUGGAAAGGUAUCCCCUUCGGCAAUCGACCUGUCUUGGAAGACGUACGGAGCAGUGCGGGCCAUGAUAUACAACCAGAAGCUCUUCAUCAUAGAGGAAAAGCUCGACGGAAAAGGCUAUCACAGCACCCGCGCCCUCGCCAUUCUCCACCAACUCAAUCGCGCCGUGACCACAUCCCUCUUCCUGCUUCCUAAUAUUGAAUUUUCCUUCGCCGUCGACGACAUUGCAGACGUAUCUCAUGCGCACCACACUAUCUGGGCCUUCUCCCGGCUCGCCAUCGACGACGAAAUCUGGCUAAUGCCAGACUUUGGGUACUGGUCCUGGCCGCUUGAGUUGGUAGGAGAGUACGACCAAAUACGCGCAGCAAUGCGGGAAAACGAAGUGGAAUGGGAUAAGAAGAUCUCGAAGGCGCUGUGGCGGGGAGCCUUGAAGACGAACAAACAAGUUCGCGGCGCGUUGAUGAGAGCUACACGCGGGAAAGAGUGGGCGGAUGUGGAGGAAGUGACCUGGAAGAACAUGACGGAUGUGACCGGCGGUUCAGCGGCGGCCGCAUUACCAAUUGCGGAACACUGCGCGUACAAGUUUCUCAUUCAUACCGAAGGACACGGCUACUCGGGCCGAGGAAAAUACCUUCUCAAUUGCGCUUCCAUUGUGAUAAUGCACAAAGCCCAGUGGAUUGAGCCUCACCACCACCUCCUUGUCCGCGCAGGCCCUCAUCAGAAUUUCGUAGAGGUAGAGCGUGACUUCUCUGACCUUGAAGAGAAAGUGGAAGAGCUAUUACAGCACCCGCAGCGCGCAGAGGCUAUCAUGAAUAAUAGUAUGGCAGUAUUUCGAGAUGGGUAUCUUACACCUACGGCACAGGUGUGUUAUUGGCGGCAGCUGUUUCUUGAGUGGGCCGGAGUGAGCUCCCCUCCGGACCCUUGGGAGGUAGUUGAUGGGAAGAACAGUCUGCGAGGAACGCCGUUCGAAACGUUUGUGUAA